AUGCACAUUCCAGAUCCCAAUGCCUUCGAGGUAUCUACGACUGCGGCGGCGUUGAAGAAGAGGAAGAGAGAUGUGAGAAGUGGGUUAUGGGGUGCAGAGAACAUUGAGGGAGGCGUCCCCUUUCAACUUGAUUACCAAGAUAUCAACAUGCUCGCUCCUACGCCACGCUUCAUCCCCGAAUCACAGUCCGCCGCACCCCCUCGACCACAAUGGCUACAAUUCCAACAACCAAACGCCACAUCAGCAACACAAAAGAAACGGAAGAUCCUACAACCACACUCAACACGUCCCCCCCAACCCAACAUCCGCCCACACUCAAACGGCCAUACUCAAAACCUGCAUCUCGACCCUAAAAAACCCUCGCCGCCGUCCCUCACCAUCCCCUCGUUCAACAACCAUCGUGACCCAGCUUUCUCGGGGACAGACGAGGACCUGGUUUCACCACGCACAACCACAUCGCCAGAAAACGCCCUGACACCACGGUCAACCAUGCCACCGCCCGUGCUUAGGCCGUGCCAUGUAUGCCAUCGCAAGCCGUCAACCAAAGUCAUGCUCGAUGCGUACGCGGACUGCGAGCUGUGCGGUCAACGCGCCUGCUAUAUAUGUCUACGAGAAUGCAACUCUCUAAACUGCAGCAGCAUCUCCGACGCUGCGAAUGAGUAUCAGGGAAAUACUGCGGGGAUUGAGAUUAGACGUGACGAUGGGUACUUGCACACGCGGCCCUCCAAUGGGGUUUCAGCCACUGUGCCAUCGAGAAAGAUUUGCUCGUGUUGCGCGGUCGAGGGACUGACGGACAUGGGCGAGGAAAUCGUCUGGUGUUUGGACUGUGUGCGGCGGGAGGAAACGAAUCAGCAGUAA